AGUUUGCCGAAAGUUCGAGAUAACAGAUCAAAACAUUUAAACUUAUUUUGUUGAAAUCGUUCAAAGAAAGAAUCAAAGAAAACUUUAUAAUUAUUUAAAGUAAGCAUUCGUAAGUGCUUCAAAUAGAAAAACAGUUGUCCGCUUCUAAAAUAUCCGAAAUAAAUUCAUAAUCAGUCAUGGCUUGUCCAAUCAAUCCCGAAGAGAUUGCGAAACUAAAGAUGUUCAUUCAAUUUGCAUCUGCUCAACCUCAAAUCCUGAACAUGCCUCAACUUGAGUUCUUCAAGAAAUUCGUCGAGCAGUUGGGUGGAAAAGUUCCUGAAGGAGACUUUCAAUUUGCAAGUGCCAAAGCUGAAGCUAAAGCUGAGCAGACAUUCACACCUCCACCAUCAGCACCAGAAGAACCAAAAGAGGAGUCAGAACCAGAAAGUGAUAUCGAAUUGGAUUUGUUGGACACUGUCAUUGCUCCUGAUAAUGAUGAGAAUCAAGAGAUGGGUGAUGAUGCUAAGGAAGCUACAGAAGAGCAGAUUGAUCAAGCAAGUGAACUUCGAGGCAAGGCAGCUAAAGCUUAUUCAGAUGGAGAUUUUGAAGGCGCCGUGAACUGUUACACUGAAGCCAUCAUGCUCAAUCCAACUGCAUUGUUCUACGCGAAACGAGGUCAAGCAUUUUUGAAGUUAUCGAAACCCAACGCCGCCAUCCGUGAUUGUGAUCGAGCUUUGAAAUUGAAUCCAGAUUCAGCAUCGGCUUUCAAAUUCCGUGGUCGUGCUAAUCGUUUGCUCGGUAAUUGGGAAGCAGCAGCAAAAGAUUUGAGACAAGCAUGCAAGUUGGAUUAUGAUGACGAAGCUGAUGAAUGGUUGAAGGAAGUGACACCAAACGCUAAGAAAAUUGAACAACAUAAAAUCAAACAAGAGAGAAAAAAAGCUGAAAAGGAAUUACAAGAACGAAAGGAGCGAGUAAGAAAGGCUCAAGAAGCUAACAAACGAGCUGCUGAAGAAAAUAAGAAACAUGCUGAAGAAGAAGGCGGUGACUUUGGCAUGGGCGGACUUCCACCCGAUUUUAUGGAAGCUUUCAGUGAUCCAGAAGUUGCAGCUGCACUUCAAGAUGUUAUGACCAAUCCAGCAAAUAUUAUGAAAUAUCAAAAUAAUCCAAAAGUCAUGAAUCUGCUCAAGAAAUUUGCUGGAGCUGCAGGAGGUGGAGGUUUCCCUGGAAUGGGAGCUGGUGGUGGUGGCUUCCCUGGAAUGGGAGCUGGUGGUGGCUUCCCUGGUAUGGGAGCUGGUGGUAUGGGAGGUUUUCCAGGAUUCCCUGGAGCUGGUGGAUUCCCAGGUGCAGGUGGUUUCCCAGGAGCACCCGAAGAACCGCCCAAACCCGAAUCAAAACCAAAGCAACAUUUUGACGAUGGUCUUGAUUAAUUUUCUUAAUUAACUUCUUUUUAUUUUCCUAGAAUUUUCAAGCAUUUUUUUUUUAAUCUUUUUUCGCACUGGGUCACUAAAAAAACUGCAAAGGAACCUCGAUAAGAGAUGUUUCGAUUUAUAAAUUUGUUCUUUAAUCAAUAUUCGCUCUUUACUGGUCUCUUUGAGUUUCUUUUAUCGAGAUUCCACUGCAUGAAGAAUAAUUCGCAUUGCAACAAACGAAAACUCCAAUUAAUAUUAAUAGAUCCUUAGCUUACUCACUGUAACAGAAAAAUUGAGUUUUGUUAUGUGUUUUUUGUCUUCUUUCAAGUCUAGAAGACUAAAAUUUCUUGUACACUUAAAAGAUAUAAGCUGAGAAAAUAAAUAAAAGGAAUGGAAGGUUUUCCGGUCAUUGAGAUUGAAAAUUCUUUUCUCAUUGUUCAU